CAUACCCAAAUCUGUUAUUCUCCACAUCAAAAGAUAUUCGAGUUGCCAGUGUUUCAAGACCCAACAAAGUAGUGACGAUUGUCAAGGAUUUGGAGGAAGGAACAGCCGUAGAUUUUUACCAUGAGGGCAACUUGGUAUGUUGGACUGAUAAUGGGCUUGAGAUGAUACAAUGUGUACCUUACAAUGGAACAGUCACAGGUGCAAAGGUUAGAGUUGUAACAACAGGUCUGAUUUCACCAGCUGGACUUGCAUGUGAUUGGUUAACACAGAAGUUAUAUUGGACCGAUGAUGAGACCAACCGUAUUGAAGUGGCCACCAUAAAUGGAGAGCAUCGGAAAGUUCUCUUUUGGGAAGACAUUGACCAGCCACGUGCAAUUACUCUUGUUCCUAUGAAGAGCAUAAUGUUCUGGACAGACUGGGGUGAAGUUCCAAAAAUUGAACGUGCUGGCAUGAAUGGUGAUCCUACAACUCGCAAGGUUAUUGUCCACGAAAACAUUUUCUGGCCCAAUGGUUUGACUGUGGAUUAUGAUGCCCAGCUGGUGUAUUGGUUGGACGGAAGGCUCAAGUUUGUAGAGGUGAUGGACUUUGAUGGCCGGAACAGAAAGACCAUCAUUAAAGAGGGGGUGAACUAUUCAUUUGCACUCACUAUGUUUCAGAACAAGGUCUAUUGGACAGAUUGGAAAACAUGGUCAAUUCAUGUUUAUGAUAAGACAUCCACUGCACCACCCAAAGAGAUCAUCCAUGGUGAUUAUAUUCCAAUGGAUAUUCACGUGUGGGAUGCACAGAGACAGCCACCAGGUGAUACUCCCUGCCGUCACGGAAAUGGUGGCUGCUCCCAUCUAUGCUUGUUGGCUCCGUAUCCACCUGGAUACUCGUGUGCCUGUCCCACCGGUGUCAAGCUCAUAGACAACAUGACAUGUGCUAAUGGUCCUCAGGAAAUGCUGAUUCUUGUCCAGAGAGUUGAAAUCUGCACCAUCUCCUUAGACUCACCAGACUACACCAACUUUGUGCUUCCUCUCAGUGGAAUCAAGCACGCCAUAGCCGUAGACUAUGAUCCAGUAGACGGAUACCUGUAUUGGACAGACGAUGAGGCCAGGGCACUGCAACGAGCUCGACUAGAUGGCUCAAGGCAAGAAAAUCUGGUAGUAACAGAAGUGGAGCAUCCUGAUGGACUUGCAGUGGACUGGGUGGCCCGCAACCUGUACUGGACAGACACUGGCACAGAUCGAAUAGAAGUGGCUAGACUCACAGGAGCUUCUAGGAAGGUGUUGAUUAAUGAAGAUCUGUUUGAGCCUCGAGCAAUUGCUGUUGCUCCAGAAAAGGGCUGGAUGUUCUGGUCUGACUGGAAUGAGAAGGCCCCUAAGAUAGAACGUGCAGCUCUAGACGGCUCCAGCCGCAUGCACUUGAUAGACAGGGAGCUUGGUUGGCCUAACGGCAUUGCUUUGGAUCUAGUGCGAGGCAAGAUCUAUUGGUGUGAUGCUAAGACAGAUAGAAUUGAGGUUGCUAAUAUGGUUGAUGGAAAGGACCGUCGUGAAGUUAUAAGCGACAACUUACCGCAUUUGUUUGGGUUGAGUCUCCUUGGAGACUACUUAUAUUGGACAGACUGGCAGAGGCGAAGUGUUGAUCGAAUUAAAGUUACUGGAAAUGGACGAGAAGUUAUUGCUGACCAGUUGCCCAACGUGAUGGGAUUGAAGGCAGUUCGACUGGGAGAUGUGAAAGGAAGUUAUCCGUGUACAUAUAACAAUGGGAACUGUAGUCACUUGUGCCUCAGCAGACCACAUGAUUACGUCUGUGCAUGUCAGAUUGGUUACGAAUUAGCAGCAGAUCAAAGAACCUGUGUCGUUCCAGAGGCAUUUCUUCUGUUCGCUCGAAAAGAGAACAUUGGUCGCAUAAGUAUUGAAAAUGGUAAUAAUGAUGCAGUCAUUCCUGUGACAGGAGUAAAAGAUGCCAGUGCUUUGGAUUUUGACAUCAAUGAGAAUCGCAUUUAUUGGACAGAUGUAAAAGUGAAAGCUAUAAGUCGUGCAUUUAUGAACGGUUCAGAUAUGCAGAAGAUCGUUGAAUUUGGCUUGGAUUCACCAGAAGGUAUGGCUGUGGAUUGGGUAGCUCAUAAUAUCUACUGGACUGAUACGGGUAGCAAGAGAAUUGAAGUUGCUGGAUUAGAUGGACGCUCUCGGAAAGUGCUAAUAUGGAAAGACAUAGAUGAACCUCGCAGUUUGGCAAUGGAUCCAAGAGAAGGAUACAUGUAUUGGAGCGAUUGGGGUUCUCAAGCUUGUAUCUCGAGGGCCGCUAUGGAUGGCACACGCCGUACCGUUAUAGUAGCAAAGGUGGGACGUGCCAAUGGUUUGACAAUAGACUAUGUUCAGCAUCGCCUCUACUGGACAGAACUGGGACAGCGUGUGAUAGAGAGCUCUGACCUGACUGGAAAGGAGAGAGCUGUAGUUAUUAGUGAGAACUUAGAGAAGCCAUUUGGGUUAACUCAGUGCUUGGAUUACAUCUACUGGGCAGACUGGAAAACUGGCAUCAUUGAGUGAGCCAACAAGACAAAUGGUUCAAAUAGAACCAUCAUUCACAGCAAGCUGGAAUUCAUCACAGAUAUUCUUGUUUUUCACACUUCACGACAGUCAGCUUGGAAUCAGUGUGCUGUAGGGAACGGCGGGUGUUCACAUCUCUGCUUAGCAUUGCCUCCAUUAGCAAGCAGCAGGCAGUCCAAUACACAUUACUGUGGCUGCCCCACUCAUUACACGCUUGGAGAUGGUAACAAGACGUGUAUAGGACCAAGAUCUUUCCUACUGUUUGGUCAGAAGAAUUCGCUGAGUCGCUUACUUCCCGACACUGAUGACUGUCCUGAUGUAGUCCUUCCCAUCCAUAGUGUGAAGAACAUUAAGGCUGUUGAAUUUGAUCCUGUUUCACAGUAUAUUUAUUGGAUUGAUGGCCGAACUCAGUCCAUCAAGCGUGCUUAUGACAAUGGCACACACACUGGUCCAGCUUUUGUGCCGUCUAGUAGUACCCAUUUCCCAUUUGACAUGGCAUUGGACCCAUAUGCAAGACUUCUCUACUGGACCUGUGCUAACACAAAUGCUAUCAAUGUGACAAGGCUGGAUAAUGGUUCAGCUGUUGGCACUGUGGUCAAGGUCGAUGGAGAGAAACCAUGUAACAUCAUUUUGCAUCCAGAGAAAGGGUUAAUGUUCUGGACGGAUGUUGGGUCAGUACCACAGAUCAUACGGGCUAACAUGGAUGGGAAAUCACGUGUGGUCAUUGCAUCGCACUUAGAGAAUCUGGUUGCAUUAGCAGUUGAUAGGGUGGCAGACCUGUUAUUUUGGGCCCAGCCUAAUCAAAUUGAGUCAUCAAAUUUGGAUGGAAAAGAAAGGAAAGUAUUGGUGAGAACAGGUCUGGUUCUUGUGUCAGGCUUAGCUGUGCAUGGUGAAUACUUGUACUGGGUGGAUAAAGACCAGUCACAGAUCGAACGAGCAAAUAAGACUGAUGGUAGCAGUCGAGGUACUGUGUUAACACGGUUGGCUCACCUGGUGUCUAUAAUGGCAGUUAAUUUUCCUACUGAGAAGAUGUAUUCGAAACAUGGUUGUAGUGCAGAUCGCCGCCAGGCUGGCUGUUCUCAUCUGUGCAUGGCCGUGCCCUCUGCCUCUACCAGUGGAUCCAAUGCCAUCCCAGUCACCUGUUCCUGCCCACAGAGUUUGGUCCUUCAUGAAGAUGGGCGAACAUGCAGUGCACUUCCUGCAUGUGGGCCAGAUCAUUUCACCUGUGCAAACCCUGCUGGGUCUAACAAAGACUGCAUACCGAAUACUUGGCGAUGUGAUGGACAGAAUGAUUGCCCUGAUGCUAGUGAUGAAGUCGGCUGCCCUGAUUGCAAGCCAAAUGAAUUCCGUU